AUGGUGAACCUCAUCAUCAACCCUCUUUCCAGAAAGCUCAAAAAGAUCAACUGCGACAGCGCGCCAAACACGCGUCUUUCUGCCAUCAUCGAGGCCUAUGCCAAGAAGAACAGCGUCUCCGAUCCAAACCGAAUUAAGUUUUCCUACCUUGCAGAGGAGAACGACAAGGAGAGGGACAAGAAGAAAAGGCUUCCUCUGAAAAGCUACUUGACACUCGAGGAAAAUGGCCUGGACUUUGCCAAGGCCUCCACACUCAACGUUUAUGCCAAGGACGUCGGGCCCCAGAUCGGCUGGAGAACCGUCUACUUUCUCGAAAACCUAGGACCAAUGAUCAUACACUCCUUGUUCUAUUAUGGGUACUACAGUGCAAGCGACAUGACCUACACCCAGGUGCUUGCCUACAACUUGACACUCUUGCACUACUUGAAAAAAGAGUACGAGACUUUUUUCAUCCACACGUUUUCUGCAGACACCAUGCCUUUUGCAUUUUUAUUCAGAAAAUCGGGCCACUACUGGAUCAACAGCUUGCUCAUUGCCUUCUCCGUCUAUUCCCCACAGAACGUUGUCUAUAGCAACAAAUUCUGGAGCGUGGUCCACCAUGUCGAGGACCGCUCCUUGGACGAAUUGAAGUGGUUCGGGGGUGCCUUGGUUCUCUUUGAGAUAUGUAACUUAUACUGCCACAUCAUCUUGAGAAGAUUGAGAUCGGACGGUACCAGAGCACACAAGAUCCCUCAUGGUUUCGCCUUCAAGUUUGUCUCUUUUCCAAACUAUCUUUUCGAAUUUCUCUCCUGGACUGUGUUUGCAGUCCUGACCAACAAUUGGUCCUCUUCCGUUGGUGCUUUUAAGUUCGGUCUCACGGAGUUAGGGUCGGAGUAG